CAUGUAUGUGAGUAAAUUCAUCUUGGUAUGUACAAAGUUGGUUAGCCAGUGGGCUUGAAGAAAAGUCUCUUGGGUCUCUUAUCUGAGUACCCAUUUCAAGAGUAAGCAUAAAAACAUGAAAUAUUGGAAAAACAAAGGGUAUUUAACAGCUCGUGAGCAUUAGCUCCUGGGUAGAAUGCAAUCAUAACAGAAAGUACAGCCAGCGCUGUGUCAUAAAGAAGUCCAGUUGGGAAACGAAAGAUUAGAACGAAACUAAAAGUAAUCUGGCCGAUAUGGCUUCACGUGCGAAGUCUCGCCUUGAGGGGACAUUGUCCUUGCAGGUGAUUGACCAUUGCGUUCAUAUGGCGCGAUGUUUGGUAGUGUGGGUGUAGCCGGUGACCUCACGGAAGGACUAAAGGCCACAUACCCUUCUGAGGGCCUCUUUUCUUCGUGGUCGGCGCUCUCGAAUGGGUUCUCGACAGUUGCACUCGUUUGGAUGUGGUCAUUUGAAGGUCUGCGUUCGGUCUCUGUUCGCGCAGGCGAGCUGACUGAGGGAUUGAAAGCUGCAUAGCCAUCGUUGGCAUGCGUUAAUUCGCCAAAGCUUAGCGGCG